UAUCAAAUAAUUAUAUAACAUAUAUUUGAAAUGAUAAAAAUUGGACUAAUUGGGUUGGUCAAGGUUGAACCAUUGAAUAACUUUAAAAUACAUUAUAUUUUAGCCACUAAGAUAUAAAAUAAUAGCAAAAUAUAUAUUAUGCUAGAGAAAAUAACUUGUUUUAGAAUGGCAAACCAAUGAUGUUCAUUUGUUUUACUUGAUGGACAAAUCCCGUGUAGGUCAGACCCAUUCAACUUUUUAUUUUAUGGUUAGCGGUUAGCCAUUAGAUACCAUUCAUUAGUUUAUUGUUAAAUUUUUUAUUUUUAACAAUAAAAAGGAUUAUUAUUUUUGCCUUUUCAUAUAUAUUUUAUCACCACGGAGAAAUAAAAGGGCUUAAAGAAAAAAAUUGACACUCUUGGUCCCGUUUAAAUCCGCAUGUGUACGGUAAGUUGGCCCGUUCCACAGAGGAAAGAGAAAAAAAUUGACACUCCCUAUUAUCCCUUCCUACAAACGCUACUGGAGCAGGGAAUUUGAAAUAGGGGAAGAGUUUUUUCCUCUCGGCUAUUAUAUGUUUUUAAUUUAAAAAGAUACAACAAAUCUACUUAGUGUGAUUGGUUAUGAUCCUUGCUUUUCUAUAAAAUGGUCAUGGUUCGAAUCCCAGUACGUGUCUUUUUUAUUUUUAACAAUAAAAAGGAGUAUUAUUUUUGCUUUUUCAUAUAUAUUUUAUCACCACGGAGAAAUAAAAGAGCUUAAAGAAAAAAAUUGACACUCUUAGACCCGUUUAAAUCCGCAUGUGUACGGUAAGUUGGCCCGUUCCACAGAGGAAAGAGAAAAAAAUUGACACUCCCUAUUCUACCCUUCCUACAAACGCUCCUGGAGCAGGGAAUUUGAAAUAGGGGAAGAGUUUUUUCCUCCCGGCUAUUAUAUGUUUUUAAUUUAAAAAGAUACAACAAAUCUACUUAGUAUGAUUGGUUAUGAUCUUUGCUUUCCUAUAAAAUGGUCAUGGUUCAAAUCCCAGUAUGUGUCUUUUUAAUGAACAAAAAAAAGUUAUUGUGAAGACCAAAAUGUCCUUCCUACUUUCACUCUCGUUGCAGGAAAUUUGAAAUGGGGAAGCUGUUUUCCCCUUCGGCGUAUUAUAUGUAUAGUAGAUGUGGAAUUGAGGUAAAAAGUAGUUGUAAUGGCGAACGAUGAAUGGGGACGGAUCGGUGGAGGUGCCGAAAUCUGAUAACGACUCCAACGACUUGGGCACAAAUUGGGUUGGAGGCGGUUUUCCAACAACAACGACAACAACUAGUAGGUGUUUGCUUCUUACCAACCUUGGAUUCGUCGGUCGAACUCCCAAGUGUUCCUCUUCUGCACUUGUACUUGGUCUUCGGCCGAUCGAGUUGAAGGAGAAAACAACAAGGGGUUUCAAUAUUAUUGUUAAUGAUUGUCACCCAAAGUUUGAUUCUUCUCCAAAUUGGGACGGCUGCUGUUUUGACGCUAAACUUAAUUCUUUAAUUUUUUUUGGGUGCGUGCAUGGCGGAGGAGAUUCUAAUAAGAAUGAAGGUGCAAGCUUCUACUAAUUAAUUUCCACCUGACUAUCGUUUCCCUCAUGACUUCUUCCAGUCGGACAAGUUGUCGAACACAUCACCCAACCAAUAUACUUAUUCUGCACCAAUCUGUGGUAGCGUCGGGUUAGAAGCCAGGUUUCUGCUAAAUUCAGGUACCUUGGCGGCAAAGCAGAGUAAGAAGAAGAAGAAGAAGGGGAUUAUGGCGAUCGGUGGCGGUGAAGUUGGCAGAUUCAGUAUUUGUUUGUGGUGAGUAGAUCUUCGAUUAGUGAAGAUGCUUCCAUUGUUUAUUUGGCUUAGAUAUAGCAGAAAUAGUGCCCUCGAAAAAAGCGGACCUUUUAUUAAUAAAGGGUUACUGUUCAUUAACACUAAUUUUCUUAAUUCCCUGCGGCCAAUCUUACUAUACCGCGUGUAAAUCUCUAGCGGCUACCCGAGCAUCUUUCAUGUUUGUUCGUACCUUUCUUCUCCCUUCCCAACAAUAGCACAUGCACCAAAACAGCCAUCAAUAUACCCUUCUUCCACAACCCUAUCUCCAUUUUAGCAAGAGAAGAAUUAGAUGAGAUGCUGAUUUUGGAUUAUACUGCAUGCAAUUACUUAACACCUCCCCGCCAUUGUUUUUUUUUUAGGGCAACUCAUCUAUUAUAUAUCUUUUAUUCGUGAUUGAGAUGAGAGGGAGCGCUCACCUAUUCUCUUCUUUUCUGCAAAAGAGAUCCAAUUCGCUCAAUGGAUUUAUAAUAGAGGUUUGUGAGUCUAACAGAAUAAAUUCAUUCGGAUAUUGAGAAUGGAAGUUAUAUACAUAUAGCCAUAUAGGAGCUAUGUGGUAUUGCUAUCUUUCCAAGUGUCAUUACGGGAGCCACGUGGCAUACAAUGGAGCAAGUUAUCCUUGGGUAGUUUAGUUAAUGAAUGAGAUUGGAAGACUACAAAUAUAAAAUAAAUUAUCACGAACAUAUUAUGCUUUCAUGUACAUUUUCAUUCCAAAUUAUGAAAGAUUAAUAUAUAUUACGUUUUCAGGUGUCAUAGGCAAACUUCUAUAUACUUUUUUUCAUUCUAUAUAGAGAAAAUAUUUAUGUAUUACAAAUACAUUAUUUAAUUUUUUAAUUAGCUAAAUUUCCUUUACGGUUACCUGAAAUAUUCGCAAUUUCAUCAAAUUUACAUUAUACAAAAGUUCCGUAAGAUAAGUUUAAUUUUUAUUCAUAUGCCCAUUUUAUCAUAAAUACUUUCUCUCAUAUAAUCAGCUAUUUCGGUAAUUUUUUUUUUCAUCUCCAUCGCCCUAUUUCACUAUUAGCUAUUUCUCCCCUAUAAUAAACUAUGUAUGCACUUUUUUAAUUCACAUUAUGAAAAGUUCAGUAAUUAAAUUUUUUUAUGUAAAACUUAUUAUUAACUACAAUUUUCAUCAUCUCAUCAAUUAUUAUUAUGGAAAAGCUCUGUAAUGUAAGUUUACGUUAACAUAGUGGUUUAAUUAAGUGUAAUGCGUUCCCUACUUGAUUUUAUUAUUAGAUCAUACAUUGCAAAAUAUUUAUAUAACAAAUAUGUUAGAUAAAGCUUACAAAAGAUAAUUAUUCCUUAUGUAUCAAUUAAGUAGAACAUAUUACAUAAGACUUUCGUAAUAGUAAAGAAACAAUAUAAAGCUUAUCGAGGGUCAUAAUUUGUUAUCUAUCUAAUAUGUAAGUCUUUCGUUUUAUAUAAAUUUGAAUGAAAUUUCUACAUUUUA